AUGGCCAGGUUUGUGGACACAAACCUGGGACGCACGUUCAGCUGCGUGGAACAAUACAUGAUGUAUCGCAAAGCCAUCUUGUUUGGUGAUGCCGAGUACGCCGAAGCCAUUAUGGAGGCCACCACGCCGCGUGAGCACAAGGCUUUGGGCCGACACGUGCGCAACUUUGACGAAGAAACUUGGAAAGCUCACCGCCGGGAGAUUGUGCGUUCGGGUGUUUUGCUCAAGUUUGCCCAGAAUCCCGAACUCAAAGCUGAAUUGCUGUCACACCCGGCACACACGGUCUUUGUUGAAGCCAGCCCCCGGGAUCGCAUCUGGGGCAUUGGCCUGGACGUCAAAAACCCUGCAUGCCAUGACCCCCAGAAAUGGCGGGGACUGAAUCUCUUGGGCCAAGCCCUCACCGAAGCUGCCGAGCAGCUCCGCCAAGCAUGA